AUCGGCUGCCAACGACUGUAACCAGCCGAGGAAGGCUUGGUCGUCAGUUUCCAUCCGGUAAACAAUCCAGCUUAUCCAUUUUAUGAUAGUACAACACCAACACAAAUGGACCAGGACAGAGGUAGAGACUUCAGGAGGAAAAAGUACCCUCCGUACAAGAAAGAAGAAAAGCCGAUGAAGAGGCCGAUCAUUCUCAUGAAGUCCAAAGACCCGGACAAGACUGCUCAGAAAUCGGAAGAAAUCGCACCGCAGACAAUUCUUCUCAAAACGAGGGAUGGAGAAAACAGAGCUGCCUCUCCUCAAGCUUCAAGUUCAAAACUAUGCAAAGAUUCAGAAGUGACACCAUCAUAUCAAAUCACGUCCCGGUCAACACAAGCUGAGCCUGAAAACCCCUUAACUGCACCUCCGAUUAUGAAAGAGUCGACAAAGUUUUUAGAAGAUAACUGCCUCCAGAUACAAGACAACGUGUUGGAAUUUCUGACGGACACGACGGAUUUCCUAGUCGUCGGAUGUUUAGGGCUGCAAGGGGUCGGAAAGUCAACAGUGAUGUCCCACCUCGUCUCACCCCCAUUAAGCGUUCCUAACACGUCUGAACUGUUUAAAGUACAAACCAAAAGUAACAUCGAUUCAGCUACUCAUUGCACUCAGGGGAUUGAUAUUUAUGUCACUCAAGAAAGAGUCAUUUUGUUAGAUACACAACCUGUUUUUUCACUCUCUGUUAUGUCCAAAUAUUUAUCAAAUGAAGGAAGUCCUAGCUUAGCUGCCAGAAGUUGUUCAAGGGAUGAUCCCGAUUAUCCGUGUAUCGAAAACGAUAUGGAACUUUUAUCUCUACAAUAUGCCGCAUUUUUGUUGUCCGUUUGCCAUGUGGUCCUUCUUAUACAAGAUAAUAUUCAUGACCCAGAAAUGUCAAGGUUUCUUCAAAUUGCUGAAAUGUUAAAACCUUCAACUGGGAUUACUUCGGGAGAAGAGCCCAUUGUUGAAUAUUUCCCCCAUACCAUUUUUAUACAUUCAAAAGUUAAACCACAUUAUUUUACAAGCCAAAGGUUGAAAGAAAUUCAGGAAAUGUACAAGAAAAUGUACGCUCAGUCUCAGUUAGUUAUUAAAAGCGGAAUUGGAAUUGCAAAUGGUAGUGUUUUAAAAUCGUUAACCCCUGAAUUGUGUGACUGUGAACCAGUCAAUGUCUUUUUCCUGCCAUCGUUUAAACGAAAAGGUGAUGCCAAAUCCUACGAAUUGACAUCGUAUACUGAACUAAUUAAAAGUUUACGAUACCAGAUCAAUGGACUGUCACCUGCAUCACUGACGAAUACAGUCCUAUCGGAAAAAAACUGGUAUUAUUACGCUAGUAAAAUCUGGGAGAAUGUUAAGAAGAGCUCACUGUUUCCAGAGUACGGACGACUUUUAAAAACUCCAGCAUCAUUAGAAACAGAUCUUGCCAUCGAUUGUCCCGUUUCGUGAGGGCAAAAUGGGGGAAAGGAAAGAAAUGGAGUUUUUAUUUUGUUAUUUCUUUUUAUAAUUUAUUUUUUAAAAAUGUUUGUACAGUACAAUAUUUAUUGAUGAUUUUCUAAAGGAUCUGGUUUAAUUUCUAUCAGAAGAAAAACACUAACAAUUAAAACAAUAAGUCUACAUUUUUUAAAAGAGAUUGUGAUUUUGGUUAUCCGAUAAUGAUGGAAUGGUACACCAUACUAUGAAGAUAAUAUAAGAAACAUUUGUACAAAUUAAAACAUAAUUAUCCAUAAAAACGUAU